CCCGGGUAGGCAACCUCGCCUCGCAAGUGCCCUGCAUUAGUAUCCCUCAGCUACGUCAAGCUGAGGACGCCGAAACGGUCCCGUAAGCGAAUCCUCAGCGAAUCCUAUGCCGGCUCAGACGGAAUGUUCUACCGCCUCGGGGACCAACAAAAAAAAGAUACAGAUGGCCUGGUACCGGUCAGCCUUGCCCCCAAAGCAAUGCCCCAUCCAUGCUGACGCCUUGGGACCAGGGCCGAGGUGUCGCUGCCUGCUGCGAAUACAUUCCAUCCCACCCACUCCUCAGCCCCACGCACGCAACCAGAGUCCUGGCUCACGGGUACACGGCUUAUGUCGUUUUCCCCUGUCUUAACAGACCCAGCACUUG